CAGAAAAAACAACUUUUCAGCUGUCAUCUCAAGACUCGAAGACAAGACUAUUAGUAUUGUUUUUCCACAGCAAUUCGUAUAAAAUAAAAUGUCACAAGAAGUGGAAGAAACUUUAAAGCGCAUACAAGCCCAUAAAGGUGUUGUCGGUACAAUUGUGGUGAACAACGAAGGUAUUCCAGUAAAAUCCACAUUGGAUAAUACCACCACUGUUCAAUAUGCUGGUUUGAUGAGCCAAUUGUCCGAUAAGGCUCGUAGUGUUGUACGUGACUUGGAUCCAUCAAAUGAUUUAACUUUUUUGCGUGUACGAUCAAAGAAACAUGAAAUUAUGGUUGCACCUGACAAGGACUUCAUAUUGAUUGUCAUACAGAAUCCAACCGAUUAAAUUGUACUACAUUGUGUGAUCUGGGAAAAAAUUAUUUGAAAUAAAUAGUAUCUAAAUUAUUUAUACAAAUUA